UACUUUGAACAACACAAUCUGGAUAACUGUUUGUUACGAGAGCUGAAGCUGAGAACGCACAGGAACUCAAGAUGGGAGGCAGAAGAUAAUACAAGCCACUGUAUGCAGAUGUGAUCUAUGAGGCAACACUAUGUCACAUAGCAGUGGUGGGGCACUAGGUGGGUACCAUGGCAGGUCAUCCACGGCAACACCUGCAGAAACCACCCUUCCUUCAUCAGCUGAACAAUCUGCCACCCUAUUGUCCACCUUGACAAAAGAUGGCACCCCACCUUGUUCAGUAUCAAAAGAUCACACCCUGCCAUCACACACAAAAAGCAAUACCAUACCUUCAUCUGGAGAGAAAACUGGACGUUUUCCAAUGUCAAAAACAGAUAAUACUCAUCAAAUGUCUUGCCAAAAUGUUCCUGGCCAGUCAAAUGCUUGUGACACACUUUCUAGCACCAAUUUCUUAACAGGAAGUGAAAAUCACCUGUAUGUUAAACACAAAAUAGCUGACUCAUCAAAACACAAUCAAAAUAGUGGCACAAAACCCGACAGGGUAGAGGGAAGUGGUUGUUCUCUAAAGGUUGAAGUUGGGGUCGAUAGUGGUAAGAAAGACUACAAGCCAGAGAGUGGAACAGCAACAACAGACAGAGGUGUGGAAAAGUUAGCACCAUCUGAACUGGAGCUUCUGGCCAAAAUGGAAGAGGCAAACAGGCAGAUAGGUUUGAGCCCCGCGUCUGUGAUCACUAGCAGCCCAACUGAGCUUGAAUUGCUGGCAAAGUUGGAUCAGGCAAACAGAUUGCUUGAAGCUGACAGCCGUUCAUGUCUGAAGGGUCAAGGUCUCUCAAGGGCAAGCUCAACAACAGGGGCCGGGGGUCAUUCAAGAACGGGGUCAGGGACCAGCCAAGUGUCCUUGACCUCCCAGCCUGAGGAUAUAAAUAGUCAGUCACAGAGCAACCUAUGGGAAAUCUGGGGAAAACUUGUCAAUGACUGGGCAAGUGCCAAAAAGAAACCUGCUUUCAUUAAGCAACUUGUGCGCAAGGGGAUCCCGCACCCGUUCCGGGGUCUGGCCUGGCAGCUGCUGCUGGACGUGAACACAUCGCCCAUGAAGGAGCAGUAUGUGGAGUACCUGAAACAGAGGUCCCCCAGCGAGAAGAUGAUACGCCGAGACAUCGCACGCACCUUCCCCGAGCACGACUUCUUCAAGGAGAAGAACGGGCUUGGGCAGGAGAGCUUGUUCCAUGUCAUGAAGGCGUACUCGCUACAUGACCGUGAGGUUGGAUACUGCCAGGGAAGUGGCUUCAUUGUGGGUCUGCUCCUGAUGCAGAUGCCAGAGGAAGAGGCGUUUGCGGUGCUAGUCAAGCUGAUGCAGGAGUACAGACUGAGAGAGCUGUUCAAGCCAAGUAUGGCAGAGCUUGGCAUCUGCAUGUACAAGCUGGAGUGUCUCAUACAGGAGCUACUACCAGACCUAUACACACACUUCCAGACUCAGUGUUUUCACACCUCCAUGUACGCGUCACCAUGGUUUCUCACUUUGUUUGCUACUUCUGCGCCACUGUCUGUGGCUUGUAGGAUUAUGGAUCUAUUUAUUUCUGAGGGCAUGGAUGCAAUAUUCCGUCUGGGCAUAGCCAUACUGCAGUCUAGUCAACACGAGCUGCUGUCCAUGGACAUGGAGUGCAUGCUGCAGUACUUCCAGCGGGAGACCUCGGGCAAGUUUGAGCGAGACGAGGACACGCUCUUCAACAUGGCCUAUCAGGUCCGUCUCAGCCCUAAGAAGCUGAAAAGAUUAGAAAAAGAGUAUACAGCCUUGAAGAGCAAGGAAAGUGAAGAUCAAAUUGAGCUGAGGAGAUUACGAACUGAAAACAGACUUUUAAGACAAAGAAUCGACAACUUGGAAAAGGAGUCCGCGACGCUGGCCGACCGGCUGAUCCAAUAUCAACUGACACGUGCCCAGGAGGCAGAGGAAACGUACGCCCUCAAGAAUGAGCUCUCACUGACCAAACAGAAGUACGCGAACACACAGAAACAGCUGAAAGAGGCCGAGUCACUACUUGGCGACAUCAAAGAACGGACGGACAGUAUCCACUCAGCCUCGUCCCUGGAUGAUGGAGAGGCCCAGGUGGUGAUCCAGUCUCUACAGGAAGAGCUGAUCACUGUGCGACUAAGGGAAGCCGAGAACAUGACUGUCCUCAAGAACCUCCGCAACAAGAUACAGGAGCUGGAGCAGAUGAAUCAGCGCCUUCAGCAAGCGCCUAGCAAUGAUGUCCAGUGCCUGCAGGAGGAGUUGAUAGCCGUCAAACUGAGGGAGGCGGAGGCAAACCUGUCCCUGAAGGAGAUGAGACAGAAAAUAGGGGACCUGGACACCAGCUGGCAGCGCCACUUGUCAAGCUUGGAUUCAGGCUCUGCCGAUAGCAAAAACAGCAAGAGUGAGCUCAAAUCUGAACUCAAGAGAGCCCAGGAAGAGCUGAUGACGACCAAGAUCAGAGAGGCCAGUGCCCUGUCGCACCAUAAAGACGCAAAACAGAAAAUCAUGGAGCUAGAAACAUCGAACCAGAUUUGCACCAAUCAGAUCCGCCGUAUGGAUGAGGAGAACAAGGGUUUGAAGUCUCAGCUGGCUGCCCAUCAGAAGCAGGUGGAGGAGGCUGACAAACAGGUCAAGAAUCUGCUGAGGAAAAUGGACGACCUGGAGUCACAGCACAGAGAAGAGCUGAUGAUGGCGCGUAUUCGGGAUGCAGAAAGUGACCAGACCAUUGGUGAACUCAAGCAGAGGAUUGCCCAGAUGGAGAUACAGCGGGAGGAGGUUCUGGCUGCUGACCAACUUGAAUCCAAGGGAGGCAAGCAGGAGCUGGAGAACACCAUCUUUGAUCUUCAGGAGGAGGUCAUGCAGCUAAAAAUGUCUGCUAGUCCCAAAACUCCGAAUACCUCUGCUUCCUCUCACAACUCGAGUGUUUCCAGUAAACUUGCAAGCAACAUUUAUGAAUUCAAUGACAACGAUGAUGAAGAUGAUGAAGAUUUGGAAGACCCAGAGAGUCUGAACCGAACACUGUCAGAAAUCAUCGAGGGAAAGCGUAGCACUAAUAGUCUGAUAGCGAUUCUGAACCGAGAAAACUCUGACUGUGAUUCAGUUAGUAUACAGUCCAGUGGUUCUGAUAACUCCAGUCCUGGGAGUAAAUUAGUAAAGCAAUACUCGUUCAAGAGUGAAAAGUCUUCGCUCAGUGUAAACAAUGCAACAAACAAUGCAACAAACAUAACUUCUGGUGGCUGUGAUAAUGAGAACUCAAGGGACAGUACUCAGACUGGUGUUGUUAGUGCAAUAAACCAGUCUACAGGAAGUCAUGGGCUUUCACAGACUGGUCCUGAGUGUGUGGGUAGUGAGUCAAGAGAGAGUAUUGCAAUUGCGGUAAACCAGUCCAACAAUGACUCAUCAUUACAAAGCAAUAGGGAUUAUACCUCGUUAAUUGAUGCCAAUGACAAUGUUCAUAAAAAUGGUGCAAAAAUAGACACAAUUGAUGGUACAGGACAGAUGAGCAAAAAGACAGCAGUUUCUUAGUAGAAAUUGUACAAUUGAAGAUAUUAUGUUAUUUUUGUUGUUGUGUUGUUUAUUUAUUUGUAUACUAACUAGGUUUGUAUUGUUUAUUUUCCAGCAAUGUCUUGUUCAACAUUAAUUAAAAAAAUAUAAUAUUUUAUAUAACUGAAUAUGACAUUUAAAGUUUUCCAUAAACGCAUGAACUAUGAACAAAUAAUAGGUUUAGCAGAUUUUUAAACAAUCUAAAACCAGGUGUUGUAACACAUAAGUAUUAUUGUACUCUCAUUUUUCCCCCUAAUGAAAUUGGUGUGAUUUAUUAUGGUAAUCUGAAAGUGUAGUUAAGUAAGUAAAUCUGUCAAUGAACUGUUUUUCACUUUUUCAACAGUUUUAUCUCAAAUUCUAAGAAAAAUUGUGCUGGUAUAAUAUCACACUAAAUUAGUCCCAUCAUCCUCAAAUUCAAUAUAGUUACUGGCUUACUGCCCAUUAUUAAUUUGAAAACAGUUCUUUCUUGAGAGUCCAAUAGUUUAUCUGUUGUUUGGACCUAGGAUUUCUAGUUUAAAGCUGCAUCUGCUGAAUUACCUUGCUUUUCUAUGUUUGAUCAGAUUUCAUGUGGUAGUCUGCUAAAAAGGUUUUACUAAAGUGUUUUUUAUGGUAUUUGUUGUUAUUGGUGUUUUACAAUCCAGUUGUUUUAAAACAACCUUAGCGUUCUUGUGCACAUUUUACCAUUUAAUUUAAAGUUCAUAUUUGUGACAGUAGAAAUAAAUGAAUAUAAACUCAAAACUGUUAACCAAAAUUGUGCACAUUUUUUUUAUUUCUCAUUUACCAUUAUAAAAAUUACACUUUUAACCACCUUUUACUUACAAGCAUUGAAUAUGUUUGCAUUGUCAAUGAAUGUGAUAUGUUUUCCAUGUUAAAUCAGCCUGGGAAGUGUGCGCAGGCUAAUCAGUAAUAAUAACUUCUGCUUUUAUUGACUUUUUUGUUUCAAAUUCCUUCUAAACAUGUGUUUGAAAGAAGUCUCUUAUUAAUUAAAAUCCAGUCUAGGCGGAAAGUGUCGUCCCUGAUUGGCCUGUCUGUACUGCACAGGUUAAUCUGGGACGACACUUAACACACAAGCAUUAAGCCUUGUUUUCCCAGAGAAAAGCUCCUAUUAAUUUCCAGCUGUUUUUAUGCCCCCGGAUCGAAUGAUCGAGGGUUAUAUUGUUUUUGGCCUGUCUGUCUGUCUGUCUGUCUGUCAUUGUAAGUAUGUGUCUGUCUGUCUGUCCCAAAGCUUUAACCUUGGUCAUAACUUUUUCAAUAUUGAAGAUAGCAACUUGAUAUUUGGCAUGCAUGUGUAUCUCAUGGCGCUGCACAUUUUGAGUGGUGAAAGGUCAAAGUCAUCCUUCAAGGUCAAAGGUCAAAUAUAUGGCUUCAAAGCUGGGCAGUAGGGGGGAUUGUGUUUCACAAACACAGCUCUUGUUACAGCUUAGUUUUGUUUCCUCAAAUUCUCUUUAAGUUGUUCGCAAAUUGUCAAUUAAAAUUUAAGUAAUACACAAUAUAAAUAGUAGUCCAAUGUAUAUUGUAUAUUUUGUGAUCAGUACUAUUUUGUAAGGAUUUGUUGUCAUGUUGGAAUGCAAUAAAUACAAAUUCUGUCUGUUUCAAGACAACAAAGUUCAUCUCUUAAAUGACACUUAAUAUUAACAUGUGAUAAUAAUAUUGAUAUUGUUUAAAGCCAGUAUGUGCUUCUUCUCAAGUAAUGGCAUUCUGACUGGUUGUGCAAUGUUUUGGUGCAUACCUUUUACAUUCUUACUGUUAUAUGGCCGAGUGAUUAAGUUGAAAACCUGGUACCACGAUGAUGAACAUUUUAAAAACCCAGUUUUUCUCUUGCUCAUAAAUAAAUAACCCUUGGUAAUCAAUCCAAAAAUGCUUCAAGCAUCUUGAUUGGUCAAUAACUUAGGUCCAUACUAUGUUCAAGAUUUAGUUCAAAAGUGUUCUUUUUGUAAAACACUUUGUAUUGAAAUACUAUUUUAUACGGUAAUGUCAACAGUAGUAGCGUUAAAGAUCCUUUUCUUUUAGAAACACAGCUCUAGAUUUUAUUCUUUUGUGUUAUUUUAAAUAUAGUACACAAGAUUUUCCCUUUGAUUACAAUACAACAAUUUUACCUUGAAUGUUUUUAUGAAAGUGUAAAGUAAGUUGUGCUCUGGGGAAAAAAAAGGGAGUAAUGCAUGUGCUUAAAGGGUCAAACAAGAUUAGCCUGUUCAGUCAGCGCAGGCUUAUCAGGGAUGGCAAUUUCAGCUUUUACGUAAAAUAAAAUGCAAAAGAAGUCUGUUCCAAACCAAAAUCCAUUCUAGGCAGAGAGAGUCAUCCCUUAUUGGCCUGUGCGGACUGCACAGGCUAAUCCAGGCCAACACUUCACUCACAUGCAUUAAGCCCCGUUUUCCCAGAGUGAUGCUAUAUGCAAAGUGUUUAGCUUUGAAAUGCUCAGAAACUGGUUAAGCAAAGGUACUAGUAUGUAGUUGUUAUCACUCAGUCUUGAUUCUACGAUAAGGGCGCCUUAGGUUGUCUUCCAAACUGUUGUUUUGUGUCUUAAAUAAAUAAUUAUUAUAUUGCCAAUUUGUAUGUAUGUGCCAGCCUGAGGAUUUAAAACUGAUUAUUGAAACCAAUAGUAUUUUUAAUCCUUUUGUGUACCGUGCUUUUAGAAGUUAAAACAUUUGUUGAACAUGUUUAUCAAAUCUGUAAUGAGACUGAAAGUGUUUUUCAAUAACCAAAAUUAAAAACAAAUUGUAAUUUGUGUCAAGCAUAUUUUUGUUUGUUCUCUAGAAUGUUGUCAUAAAAUUAUUCUUAAUUUGAUUAUAAGACCUGAACAACGAACACAUGAUGAUCCAAAUUGCAGUAUUGUGUGUCAAAACUGUGCUAUUGUUUAUGAAAAGCAGAUUACACUAUGAUUCAUUGGUCUUGGCAAAAGUAAUAUAAUGGUAUAGUGCAAUACAUCUUAUUUUACAAAUAAAUGCAAUCUGGUAUGUCAGUGUCAAACAAUACGCAUAUAUGUAUGAAUGGAUUAUCUGUUGAAAAUAAUACUUGCAAGUCAAGAAUGUUUGCAUGAUUGUGUUUUUAUUAUGUUGGUAGUCAAUAUUUCAAUUGUUAAAUUAUGUUUGUAAAGGCUAUGAAUAUUUUCAACAUUUGCAAUCAAACGGGCUUAAUAAACCAUUGAAAUAUUUCUGUGUGACCUAAAAUACUUUGGAUGCAUUUUAUUUUGCAAAGAAAUAAUUUGAAAAAUCAUUAUCUAGUUAUCAACAUCUUGGGGUUUAAAGUGGUUUUUUUAAAGCUUGAGAUAUUUCAACACAAUAAGAUACAAUAAACAACUAUCAUAAUGGUUUUCCAAUUCAUGACCAUAUUAUUAAUGAUUUAGUCUGUAAUGCACAAAUUUGCAAGGCAUUGCAAACAUUUACAAUUUAUCAAAUGAUAAUCUUAAAAUGACCUUCAAAUAUUAAUUAAGUUUAAGAAUUUUUGCUCAAGUGGUCAAGGUGAGAUGUCUUGCGGGGCGUAAACUUUUAGCUCUUUACCACUCUAGGGAUAACAAUUUUCAUCCAAUUUGUAUGAAAAUUUUUCAGCAUCUUUAUUUGGACAAUAGCUAGGUCAACUUCGAAUCUGGGUCAUGUGCAUUCAGAAACAAGGUCAAUGGUUCAAAUAUUU